CAGCCUAGAAAUGCUCCAGUGGACCUCCUGAACGAAUUCAUUCUCGAGACUUUGGCGUUCAAAGACAUGUAUGACAGGGAGGAAAGUGUCAUCAAAGCACAUCCGAAGACGUUCGAAUGGAUCUUCGAUGCGGACAGCCGUCAGGGGAAGGACGAAACUGAAUUUCGUCACGGGUUUUCUGCAUGGCUCGAAACUGACAACUACGGUCCCAUAUACUGGGUGACAGGCAAGCCGGGGUCAGGAAAAUCGACACUCAUGAAAUAUCUCUACGAACAUCCAGCCACACAUGCAUCCUUCCGGAAGUGGGCAGGUGCCUUGCCCAUUUCAACCGCAGGAUUUUUCUCAUGGGCUAGUGGGAGCAAAGAGCAGCGGUCUAAGAGCGGACUCCUUAGAUCUCUUUUGUACCAAUUUCUGUCGAUCAAUCCCCACCUCAUCCCUCGCACGUUCCCUAAUCUUUGGACCAAAAUUCGUACUAUGACCUCCAAGGAGAGAAUUGCGCUCCAUCUCGAAUGGGAUAUAGACGAGCUUUUGGAAGCCUUCCAACUGUUCAUGGGUGCAGCACUUUCAGAAAUGAAAAUUUGCAUUUUUAUCGAUGGCCUCGAUGAAUUUGAUGAAGAUCACCAGGAACUCCCAAAUUUCUUCAAGAAAUACAGUCUUGGUGGCCGUGUCAAAAUGUGUCUCUCUUCGCGUCCCUGGAACAUGUUUGAAGCAGCCUUUCAAACCACGGGGCCUAGUGUCAAACUACAAGAAAUCACACAAUCUGAUCUCUAUCAAUACGCAACCGACAGACUAAGGGAAAAUGCUGUUGUUCGUCAUCUUCUUGGACGUACGAUAGAAGAAUCGGAGGCAUUGCGUCAGGCGAUAGUUGAUAAGGCAGACGGGGUUUUCCUAUGGAUCAAGCUGGCUUUAAACGACAUCUUGAAAGAAUUUGACCCUAAACAAGGCCUAGCUGGGUUGCGAGACCGGUUGGAUCAACUUCCAGGAGAGUUGGACGGUUUGUACGAAAAGUUUUUGCUUCAGGAUCAAACCGAUACCCAAAUCGCGGAGACGGCAACUUUUUUCCUGCUCAUUGAAGCGCGAGAGACUGUGGCCGAAUUUGUCAAUGAUACGUCAGCAAGCUCUCUCACAGUCUGGGAGCUGGCCUUUGCCUUGAAACAAGGUUAUGACGACUAUGCCACGGACGGGGACUUGGCGCAGGUGUCCGACGUCUUUAUCCAAGAACGCUGCAGUGAUACAAUAGAGUGCAUGCACCAACGAUUUGCUGGACUAUUGAGCCUUCAAGGGAGGCCGAGUCAAAAUCACCAUCGUAGUAUCAAGUUCUCGGGCAAUGUCGAUGGGGACAGUGCAUCCAUACGCCGACUGGCGAACACAAAAGUCACCUUCAUCCAUCGUACGGUACGCGGUUGGUUGCGAGUCGAUUCUGUUCGUAGAGGACUUGAGCAGAGAAUAUCAGCUGGUUUUGAUCCUCAUUUACGGCUUUUACGAUCACAUGUUCUCCGGUUCAAGAGGCCAAUGGAAGAAAUUGAGCAUCACAGACGGUUUGAUGAGUGGUGGCCUGACGUGACUCUCGCCAUGACUCAUGCCAGGUAUAUCGUUAAUGACGCGGAGAAGCUGCAACGCCGCUUCUUGAAUGAGCUCAACAGAACUCUUUCGUGGCUGUGGGAUACCAAUGCGGAUCCGAACGACCAUUGGGCUGCCAAAGCCUUUGGAUUCUUUCACGUUCGGAAAAAGGCGCCAUCAAUAUGGCAUCCUUUCUUAUGCUUGGCGACGAAAUUCGGCUUAACUACCUACGUUUCCGAAGAAUUGGACGCAUGGAUUUCGCAGGGCAACCAUGGCGUUCUUGGCCAUGGGAUUCUGAACUACGAUGAAAAAACCACUCCUCUUCUCACCUAUGCGACCGAAUUUCUAUGCUCCCGAGAGAGAUCCAUUUACCCGCUAUCAGAUCCCAAUAUGGUACACAACCUUCUCGAACGGCGUCAUUAUAUUAACCCGGGCCCAAACCACGAGUACAUUGAUUUCGAAACCAAACGUCCUAUGACCUCGUGGGUGAAACUUUUGCGGCAUCUCCGAGAUGCGCACCGACGGCAUCUGAUAGGAUAUUUUGACACCGACCCAAACGGCAUUACGCGUUGGGCAGAGAUUGUGCGGCUUUUUAUAAGAGGCGGUGCGGAUGUUGAUGCUGUUAUUGCGGCAGACCCUUGGGACCCAGAAAUAACGAUGGUUGGCGUUAUGGAAAUGUUGGCUGACACAUAUUGUGCGGUAGAGCUGGAAGACCUCAAGCGCCUUAUUGGUAAGAAAUAGAACAGAGCUUAACUAUACAGAAAAAUUUAGGGAAACACUCAAGACAUAAAGGGCUGAGAACCUUGUAUAGAUUUAGACUAUUG